AUGAACUCACAAUUUGAGAAAGCAUGCCAAGUUCCUUUGGCUGAACCAUUAGUCUCUGUUCCCGAAUUACAACUGCAGCAGAAGAAAUCUAAAGCCCAAAUGAAGAAAGAAAGAAGGGAUCAAUACAGAAAGGCUAAAAAACGGAUAGAAGAAGAAUGGAAGGAAACAGAAAUUAUAAGGUUAGUGUGUUUUUAGGUAAGAUUAUAAUUAUAAGACAUUUGCAUACUACAGUAUAUGCAUUGUGUGGAAAGAUUGCAAUUUGGAAUUAAAUCACAGGACGUAGCACUCUUUACAUAUAACAUGACUAAUUAUAUGGCAUAUGCAUCGAUAUUACCAUGCACAUUGUUUACACUACUGUAUACUAUAGGUUAUGUACUGAUUUCUGGGUGGUAGAAAUGAAGUUCAAAUUACCUGGCAUAUAAUUAUACUCCAUGUUACAGUAAGACAAAAACAUAUUAAGUGUUAUUUCGACUAAAAAAAUAGUCUUGUAAAUUGGGUAUAUCUUCUUAUAGGUGUUUUGGCAACAGACAGUCGCUAAAGUCAAGACAGAAUGAUCGUCUAACCCAGGCAUUCGAGCCAAGAGUUGGUCCAGAACAUUCCCAGGAAACCAUAACAAAACGAAGUCCUGUUGGAGUAUUUGACAACAUGACAUGGGACAAAGAUGCUCUGAAAUUGGAAGUUGAAUCGUAUGAAGAUGGCAAGUUUGUUAAUUGGUCCCAACUAGCAAAAGAAUAUAAUGUCACAAAUACAAAAGGAGAAAUUGCAGAAAAUGGUGGCCAGAUUGCAAAAGAAUGGUUGAAAUCGGUGCACGUGGGUGUUGACACAGAACGAUUCAAACGAUACAACACAAAUUCUGAUGGUCCGCGUAUUCGACGAAAGAAGAGGAGGGGCUUAGGAGGGGAGAUAUCAAUUCCAACGCCACAAACAAAUGCGUGUCUGAAGAAACAAUUACAAGAAAAAAUCUUGCAGAACGAAUAUUCAAUUGGGAAGUUAAUUGUUCCUAGAAAGGUACGUACUUCAUUAUCUUAUUCUAUCACUAACAAGUAAAAUCGUCUGGUGUUAGAGUGAGUAAAAUACUGAAGUACUGGGCACAUUUCCAGCUAAUGGUCGCAUGGAUUAAAUCAUUCAGUUACAAUGCACAGUGCACUCAUUACCACCAGAUGAUUCUAACAAGAGUAUUAUUUUAUUUCCUUAUUUGUAGUAUGAAAAAUUUACACUUAGUGAUGAUGGUAAAAUAAUUCGAAGUGAAUUUGUGGUAGAAGGUCGCAAGCAACCGUUGACAGUUAUCAGGGAGAAUUUUCUGAAGUCGUAUGCCAGUUACAUGAGAAAGAUGAGCAAUGAAGAAUUAUCUGAGAUGUCAAGAGAAGAAUUAAUAGAAAAAUUAGUUCAGGUCAAUGCAGUGUUCUCUGAUGCAGAUGAUAAAGAGGUAAGGCCAAUGAAAAUUGAUAUCAUGUUUCUCGUCCACAAUUUUCAAAAAUUUGGAGCGGGAUUUUUUCAUUUUUCAUUUUUCAUUAUUUUUUGUAUUUGAAUUCUGCUUGUCGAUAAUUUCCUUGACCCAGUAGAAAAUCCCAUAAAAAUCUGAAGCAUUAAAAAUUGGUGUAUAAUUCAUUUUAAUUUAAUACGUCCUACACUACAGUCUACAGACUACAGUAUAUUUCUACACAUACCAGGGCUGACAUGAAAAAUAGAGGCAAUUUGGCGAGUAAUAUCUUUAGAAAGAUACAAUUUGAGUUGCGCUUGCGGAAUGCAGCAAUAAGACUUUGAUCUGGAGAUGAAUUUGGUGUUUUUAAGCCUAUUUUUCAAAAAUAAUGAAUAAUGAAAAAUUUUCGUGCGGCAGAUAAAUCCCAUGCGGGCGGGGACGAGAAACAUGAUAUCAAUUUUCAUUGGCCUAAUAAAAGCAAAGCUGGAAGAGAUUUCACACACUCGACACCUAAAAAUAUGGCAUGAUUUAUCAACAGUGGCUAAUCAUGGUCAUCUGAUUUUCAUGGUUGCAUGCUUAUAUGAUCCAGCCUUAUUUUACACAAAUGAGGAGUAUGAAAGUAAGACAAAGAGAAAAGUUGAUGUUCAAACAAUUAUUGAAUCACCUGAAGUGAACAUUGUUGCCAGGUCAAGCAGCUCCGAUUUAAAACAGUUGUCUUAUGUUGAAACGAGGUUAGAAUGCUUGGAAGAAAUCAGUCUGCCAUUAGCAACAGAAGAAGGGGAAGAAAUAGUUGAUGUGAUGAGGUUUUUCAUGGUGACAACCCAGCCCAGCAAUAUGAGUGUGGCCAACAAAAAAGAGGCAACUUCUAUUGUUCAGUCUGUGGAGUACAUGCAAACCGUGUGUAUGAACUGGAUUACAGCUUUCGUUGCACGCACAUUUCAUUAA